CAAGUAACCAAGCAGCAAAAGUAACUCUGGCUGGCCAGAUUACAGGCAGCACACAGGCGUAUAGCAGCGCAAAUUUGCAUGUUUACAAACAUGCAAACAUUAUUAACAUCUGCAUAACCGCCUCCGCCUUCUUUAGAAGUCCUUCAUGCAGCAACCGUACAGUCGGUGGCACGGACUACGUCAAUGAUACCGACUGUCUUGACGGUCCUCUGAGCCAUCAGCAGUGCGCGACUACGCCACCCAGGGUCAGCGCUGAUAUAUACAGGCCAGCUGAUAUUGACCACUGAUGAAAACACAGGAGAACGCGCGUCAGAACAAGCGACAUUAGAGCGAGGACAGUGAGACGAGAGGAGAGCCCCACAUGGCCCACGUCUGGCAGAGCCACACGCGGAGCAGCAGUAGGGCUGACCAGGAGAAGCAUCACGUGAUCCUGCCAGAGCUGCAGACGGACUAGCAGAUCGGCAGCGCACGGAGCGGAGUGCGGCCGGGCCUUCACCGUAUCCUUCAACGGACCGCGGCUAGCGAAACCUACGCCUGUGUUACAGUUUCGCCUGCUCCGCAUCAAGAAUAUACGCCUUGCGACUGGCUAAAAGAACAACACAAGAUCGCUUUGGCCGUCCGAGAGGUGCCGAGGGCUCUUGCAGUGUUGGCAAAGGCCAACAUGGCGCCCCAGCCUUGUCUGCCCCGCUACAAAGAGACUCGCUGCUGCUCUCAUCGACGUCGCAGCCGUGCAGUGCAUCUUGAAGGCUAGCUGGACCAUGGAGCUUAUCUUUAGGUGAUCACACGAACUAUACAAGGACUUGAUCUUGGUGGCUGUUGUGUUGUGAAGUGCAAGCGUGGCUACGCCGAGAGUGAAGUUGACCGCAUUGUCCUAUAUUGCUGUGGUUGGAGAUAGGACUGCCAACAAAAUGAAGCCUGGAUUUCUCGCCAUGCCUAAUUACAGGUGUGAGAGCUGUGCAUUUGUUGGCAAGAACAGGAAGCACCUGGCCAAUCAUGUAGCCUUAAACCAUAGCACCCGUGUUUAUCGGUGCAGCCUGUGUGCAUUUGUUACUCGCUACCAGGCCAACUUUUACAGGCACAGGCGAAGCAUUCACAAGCUCAAUAGCGCCAAUGUCUGCGAGAUGUGUGGCCAGUUGUGUGAUAACCAAGAUGAGCUUGUAGCACAUACUUCAAAUGAACACCCACAGUUUCUGGAUGUGCUUCUCAGAAAGCUAGAAGCUAAGAGAAUACGGUAUGCCAAGUAUGCUGCCAGAGUGAACUUGGGGGAUGGAGAAAAUGCCCAUGCAGCAGUAGAACAAGUACCUGACAACUUUUCCCCAGAAGUGGUUACUGGUGAUGUGGAUGAAGCCCGCUCAGAAAAUGGUGUGUCCGAAGAACAGGGUGAAGGUGUCGGACAGUCAAGGAAAAGGCUACGUGAGAGUUCUCCGCCUGCAUCCAGCAAAAAGGGACGUACUGGAAGGCGAACCUACACAUGUGCUGAAUGUGAUUUGGUUACAAAAUGGCCACGAGAGUUUCUCAGCCAUAGGAGAGAUGUCCAUGGCGAUCGAAUAAGCAUCCAUGACUGCCCUUUUUGUGAGUAUGCAUCUAAACAGCCGCAGAAACUUCAGAGACAUUGCAAUAUUGUCCAUAAGGAAGAGAUGACCAGUGAAAGGCGUUUUGUCAAGACAGUGUCACCAGCAGCAGCGCAAGCUCCCUCAACUGAAGCCAGGGUGCACAUUCAAGAGAAGCUGUUCAAGUGCAGCAGCUGCAACUUCCAUGCCAGGAGCAAAGUUCAUGUGGAAGAACAUGAAAAGACGGUGCAUCUAAAACGGCGGUUCUACCGUUGCCAGCAGUGUGGCUAUGUGUGUCAUGAGAAAGGUCGUUAUACUCGCCAUUUGCGUUUUCACAGUUUGCCGAAGAUCAAAUGCCAGUUCUGCAACUUUCAAACUUGUUACAAAUGGAACAUGGACAGACACCUCAAGUACCACACUUCAGAUGGGGAGUUUCGUUGCAACAAAUGUGGCUUUAUGACUAUGUCUCGUAAAAGCCUCACUGCCCAUUGCUUGCAUCAUCAUAAUGAACUUUUGAAAGAUACUUCAGCUAGUGAAGGAGAAAAUACUGAACAUGAAAAUAUAGAUGAUGAUGAUGACAGACUCAUGAUUGAUGAAGAUGCUGGAGAAGAGUCUGCUUUGCCACCGCCACUCAGAAUGACUCUGAAGCGAUCUGGUGAGACUGCUGUUGUGGAGACAAGUGAUGGGGCAAUGCGGAAGUGUCGAUACUGUCCUCAGCAAGUCUUGUGGCCGUCUGAGCUUAAAAGACACGAGGCAACUCAUUUUAAAAUGAAUAAGAAACAUGGUUGUCCUCUUUGUCACAUUCGCUUUGACCAACUUGACCACCUUGAGCAGCAUGUAAUGCUUGACCACCAGGAAGAGCCAUCUGAAAAGAACAGCACUGACACCAAUUCUGGCACAACAAGUGCACCCAUCAUCAUAGAAUUGGGAAAGACUGAUGAUUCAUCAGCUCGAGCUAGCUAUUCAGGUUCUACUCAAGCCCUUGACAUUUCUAUAAAGAGCAAGCAGCCUAUGCACACCUGCCAACGUUGUGGCUAUACCACGCGAUGGAUUUCAGAACUGAGAAAGCAUGAGUUGGUCCACGGAAACUUAAAACCCUUCAAGUGCACCUACUGUUCUUAUACAAGUCGUUGGAAAGGUGACAUGACGCGCCAUGUUUUCCGUAUGCACAAGGAGAAUACUGGAGCAGCUGACGGUAGCCCUAGUGGAGAUGUAGAACAAGCGAAGUCCAGCCAUGUAUUGCGAUUUUUGCUGUCUCAGCCUAAAAAUGCUGACCAUGAUUAUGACUCAAAGGGUGCAGAAGCAUCUGGCAGCAAGGACAGUGGAGCUAUGACUGGGAAGUUUGUUGGAAAACCUCUCGAAGGUCAGUGUUCAUACCAGGCUGCUUCAGGAGUGCCCAGGAUUGUCCAGAAGUAUAAGUGUCCCCAGUGUUCAUUUCUGACUCGCACAGCCUCACGAUUUCAUGUGCAUAUGAUACAGCACCUCAACAAGAGGCCAUUCAUGUGCUCAGCUUGCAACUAUCGCUCUAAUUGGCAAUGGGAUGUCAACAAGCACAUCAAAUCAAAGUCUGCAAAUGACUUCAAGCACAAGAAGGCUGAACUGGUGGUCAUGGAUGAAACUGGAUUUAAGAAUUACGCAAAGUACAAGGUUCAUCUUGUGGAUGUAGAAGAAUCAUCAAAGGGUGAUAAAGUUCUUCAGACGCCAUCUCCCAAGCCUCGUUCAGAGGAAGUGCAACUGAUCCGCCCUGAUGAAACGGAAAACAUUGUAGUAACACCUGACAUACUGUAUGGUGACCAAGAUUACCAGGAUGACUUGGUUAGCCCUCUACCUGAAACUAGUGGACACCAACAGCUUUUGUGUUGUGGCCACUGCAGCUUUAGUCACACUGAUCGCAAAGUGGUUAUUGCCCAUUUAGGCACCCAUACAUCAGUAAAACCUUAUCGUUGUCGCCUUUGUAGCUUCGUUUCAAAGUGGUACCACAUUGUUCUGAUGCAUGUGAGGCAUCGGCAUAACACAGGCCCAAAAGACAUCGAAAGCAAGGUUUCUUUUGUAGAGGAAGGCAUCACAUUUCGUUUAAAAGAAGAAGACGAGCCUGCUGCACCACCUGCACCGCAGAGUUCAGAACAAAAGAAUAUAAAGUGCACCAUGUGCCCUUACCGAUGCUCUAAGUUGUGCCACAUGGAGUUCCACAUGAAGCAGCAUGUGCCGAGAGAAGGGGCCGUUUUCAAAUGCAAGCACUGCCCAUACUAUGCCAAUGUGAAGAAGACUUUGUCACGUCACAUGAAACUACAUACUGCAGAGCAGAAGCCAACCACAGAAGCUUUUCCUCGUUCACCUGUGAAGGCGGAUAUGAAGAAACAUGCGUGCGAGCAUUGCCCAUACACGUCCGAUAACAAAACUCAGUACCUGUACCACAAGCAGUUUCAUCGGCCCAAUAAGAAUGCUCCCCACAAAUGCACUCAUUGCAAUUACUGGUCAACCCACAGCCACCUUAUGGCCCAGCACCAAAAGAUACACAAAUCUGCAGAUGGAACGAUAUUGGAUGGAGCAUCAUACAGUGGUGGCAUCCAAGCAAUGACAACAAUGGUGAAUGGCACUGCACGCCGAAUGUUCAAGUGUCGCUUCUGUCCUCUGACUAACAAACGUAGGGCUAAUGUGAAGAUUCAUGAACGUAUGCACACUGCGUCGAAAGGAGCGAAAUUUCAGUGUGUUCUUUGCAGCUACCGAUGCAACAACACUGGAGUUCUUGCCAGCCAUAUGAAGCUACACAAAGCGGACAACCCAUCCUUGGACUUGAACAGAAUGAAGACAUUCUGUGAAAACCUUAAUGCACUGCCUCCCAGGCCAGCUGUUGCCAAAAAGUCUGCUCCAGAGGCAGCAGCUACAGCAGUGCAAAGGUCAGAGCUCACGGCAUUUAAGGACAGGUUGAAGAUGCCACCACGCAAAAAGAUAUUUAGCUACUUUUGUGACAAGUGUCCUGCCAUGUUCAAGAGCCACACUGACUUGGACACACACAAGACUUACCAUAACUCUGCUCAUCUCUAUCCAUGCCACUUAUGUGAUUACAGAGCAAGACACAAGCCUCAUCUGCACAAGCACCUUCUUGUCCACACACCAGAAUACGCUGAACGCCAGAAUGGCUUUACAUUGGCUGAGAUUCGUAACCAAGAUCGCAGUCAGCAUAUCCAGCCUGAGGCCUCAGCUGCUCCGGCUCCAGUUGCUGCUGACCAAAUGUUACUUCUGGAGAAGGCUGAGACACGUGCCUUUGUGGAUGCUGGCUCUCAAGGCUUAGGAGUCCAACUGCACCGAUGCACUCGCUGCCCUGCAGCCUUUCAGAAGGCUACUACACUUGAGUACCACAUUAGUCUGCAUGGUAGCCCAGGUGUGUAUGCCUGCCACUUCUGCAACUAUGCUGCCAACAGUGCAGCUAAUGUGAGCGCACACACGCACCUUCACUACAGAGGUGCACUGAAGCAGAAACAGCCUCCCAAAAUGUUCCGAUGUGACAAGUGCCCUGCAUCAUUUUCAAAGUACAAUCGCUUUGAAAGUCACCUUACCCUCCACGGACGCAAUGAACGAUUUCGUUGUUCACACUGUGACUAUUCAGUCAAGUUUGCAGCAAACCUUGUUAAGCAUCGCAAGCUUCAUGAAGUUCUUGUGCCCGAGUCCGAGAAUACAAGAGCAAAGUCUCCCACACCACCUGUGGUUACAAGCACACCUCAGCCAUCAGAAAAAGGGGUGGAGCCCACUCCUGCUGCUGCAUCUCCAUCAGACAGUGCAGCAGCUGCUCCUGCACCAGUAGCUGUUGAGGAGAAACGUGUUUACAUCUGCAGCCGAUGCCCGUAUGCAUUCCACCGACAUGAGACUGUUGUGAAUCACCUUCAGCGCCAUGGCACUUCAGAGGGAUUGUGCUGUACCUUCUGUGAUUACCGUUCCGUGCAUAUGUCGACUCUACGAGACCAUGCAAGGUGUCAUUUUCAGCCAAUGCGCCACUACAAGCCGCAGGCAUACAUGAAAUGUGAUUCGUUGGAGAUUUGGAGUACGGCCAGUGAUGGCACCAGGACAUUGCUGUUUCGAGAUGAUGGAGAUGAUAAUUAUUGCCCGAAACUUGAUGACUGUGAUGAUGCUGGUGAAGAUGAUGCAACACCAUCGAGCCCCACUUCGUCAACACCAACAUCCUCUACCUCAAGUUCGUCUUCAACAGUGUCCAGCUCUCCUGAACUACGCUUGAAUAAUAAAGACCUUGAGCCUCCGCUCAUGGUACCUGUCAAGCAAGAGCUAGAUGAUGUAGUUUUGGCAAGCAAGGAAACGCUUGAGGACUUAGUGAGCAGUGUUGUUGUGCUCAAUGAUUCAAAAGAAGAAAUGCCUCCAGGUUGUAAGACGCAAGUAGUCAACAUUGUUGUCUUGGAUGGCACAAAACAACUGAAUGAAAUGGAAGAAGCUGAAGUUGCACAUACAGAACACAAGAGUGAAAGCGAAACUGAAUGCAAAGAAGAUGGAGAAAGUGCGCAAGAUCUCUUUAACCGUAUUUGCAAUCCUGAUGCCAUGGAGUAUGAAGACGUGGAAGAUGAGAAGGAUGUGUACUGUGAAGCAAUGGAUGAGGAUCCAGAUGUUGCUGAUGAGGUGGAAUGUGAAACUAUUGAGGAGGAUUGUGCUGACCGUGGAGCGCUUGUUGCAGAGACAGACCCAUUGCUGAAGGCUUCUGUUAAGCAUUGCGAGCACAAUGAAUUUUUGGAUAUAAGUGAAGCAGAUGAAAGUGAAGUGGCUGCAGAAUGUAAGGACACAUUACUGCAUAGUAUAGAGCAGAACAGUCACCUUGCAACAGAUGUCCUAGAUGAUUCAGAAACCUCAGCUGCUGUUACUGAUGAAUGCCUGAAACAGGUGUUAAAAAUGGGCAUAGCCUCUGAUAGGAAUAUUUCCUAUGACAUAAAGAAACUUGAAACUAGCAGAACUGGUUGUUCCUCUAAUAUUGGUAGUUUGCAAGACGGUACGGCAGUAGAAGCUGUUAGUGGUCAUCCAUGCAUUAGUCCAGAGGAAUCUGCCCUGUCCAAUUCACCCAUUAAUCUAGAGCUGGACGAGUGCGGUUUUGAAGGUGCUAGGUACGAUUUGCAGUCAGAGGGGCACAGCCCAUGUGAAACGCAAAGUGAAUGUGAUGAUUUCCCAGGACCCAGUGCUGUGCAAGACUCUAAGCAAAGUUAUAUGCCAUUGAGCCACUGUCAAGAGGUCAGCUUAAAUGCUCAUAAAGAUAAUUUCUGUGUGGCUGGAGAAGACAGCAGUGCAGAAGAUAGGGAACCAGUUCAGUUAUUGUCUAAUCUGCCAAGCUUGGAUGCCACAAAUAAAGAACAUAGCUGUCAGGAAGUAAGGGAAGGAUCGGAAGGCGAUGAGAUAGAGCUUAGUGUAGGGCAUGGUUGCCAGGAAGGACCAGAAGCUGAUGAGAUUGAUAAACUUCGGUUGGAUGCUGAUGCAGCCGCUUGCCUAGUGCCAGAUGACGUAGUGGAAAUUGAAAUUGGUUCAUCACUGCCUACCAUUAAAACAUAUUCUGGUGAUGACACUGUGCUUGUACCACAGGAUGUAUUUGAAAUGCAGUCACCUACUGUGCUUCAGCGUAGCAUCAUAGUUCCGGAGCCUGACCGAGGUGACGGGCUAACUGAUGUAGCAGUGCAGGGUGCUACUGUUGACUUGAAACUUUCUCCUGAGCACAGUGACAAAGGUGCUUCAGAUAUUGACAGUGUUUCAGGCAUGCUUGAUGUGGCAGUGUGAUGUUGCUGUAAAAGUGGUACUACUGAAAACAUUUCAUGUCGCAGUAAUAUGCUGUGCGUUUUAAGUGAAAGUCCAGUUAUUGUUUCCUCUACUAAGUUACUUUAUUUCUUGUUAUUGUUUCUAUCACUCCCCCCCCCUCCAAUGUACAGACCAUUUAUUGUUUUCGUUGCUGUCUUAUGUGCACCAGUCCCCUUUACAUUUCUUAGUGUAGUUAAUGGGAUCACUUCUGGCUGCAUAGUGUUGUGGAAUCAAUGUCAGCUGUGCCGGCAUUUGGUCAUCGCAGUCACAGAUUUUUAUUGCCCAUUUAAUGGAAACACCUAAGGCCUUUAUAUAUAUAUAUAUAUAUACAUACAUAUAAAUAUAUAUAAAGAAAACCUACUGCUGCAUUUUUUAGCAGUCGUGCUGUCUGUCUUCUUGGCGUAUUAAUAGUGUGCAAUGCUAGUUGCAUUCUUGUAUUUAUCAACCAUUAUUGUACCCUUUUAUACACAUUUAUAUGCUUUGUUGCUUUUACAUAAUUGUGCACUGCAUAGUAAUUACUUGGAUAACUGUUGUGUUUUGCAUGGUUUACUUUGGCUAACCAGUAUGUGUUACACGUAUCACUUUUAAAGAAGUUGCAGUGUAUGGUUAUUUAUCUCUGUAAUUAAGCUCCUCAGAUUGUGCUAUGCGGUAAAAAUGAAGCAGUAGUAGCGAGAGAGUUCACUGUAUGACUGUGGUUUCAGUCCCUUGAGCUUGCAAGCUUUUUUUUUCCCUAGUCAAGUUCAUAUCUGAUAUGUAGUAACUGGACUAUCGCAUAAAACUUGUGGUUGUGGGUAUGUCAAAGUGCACGUACUGGUGCGCAGUGUACAAUAGUAUGUGUGGUUUUUACCCAAAGUGUCCAAUAUUUUCUUGUCCUCUCCCACUUUUUUUUUUGUAUUUAUCAUUACUGUUGUGCUGAACUGUUGGCUGUGGUAGCCGCUCGUCUUUGAGUUGUUACAGGUUCACACAUCAUUCAUGCACUGUGUGUAUAGCCAUGUCAAGACAGCAAGUUGAAAUGUAUACAUGUGUGUGUUGGCAUGUCUUGGGGUGGGGGAAACACAUGGACCACUUAUUUUUUGCAGCUACAGGUUCCUUACAUCGUGUGAUCUGCAUCAAGCUUGUGUGAAAAAAAAAAAUACUGAAAAGAGCAGCAUAAUUGCUUGCAAAAUUAUUGUCACAAGCUCAGGUUGAUUGUAAUAUUGAAUUGCUGCCGAACCUGUGGAUUAAGUGAAUAUUGAAGGUGUUAUGGCCACUUUCGAGGGGCUCAAUAUUUCAUGAAAGCUAGUUCAACCAAAUCUUGCGUAAAGACCAAAAAACCUUUAGAGAGAGGACUUUAAUUGUGCUUGGCCAUCGACAAUAAAGACAUCCAACUUCUUUCUUUAUA